CAACACCCACUGACUGCAGUAAGCGAGGAGGGACCGGAUGUUUUGUAGCAGCUCUUUCAAAAUAAAACACAAAACCAGCAUGCAGUAAAUUCAGCGCAUUUUUACUCAAGUAAAAUUAAAAAGUAUUUGGCAAAAGGUUACUGCAGUACCGGGUGACUGAUUAUUUGAGUCAACAUUUAAAGAAUGUAAUACAAUGCUUAUAUGGAAAUGUAUUUUAGAUCCUAAAAUAAAAUAAAUUACACAAAUUAUCAUUACUAAAUAUUAAACUCAGCAGGAAGAAACACCAGUAAUGUAUGUUAUAUCACGGUAAGUAGUGAAAACUGUUCACUCCAGCUUCCAACUUCAAAGGAUUUCUUACAUUUAUUUCUAAGCUAUUUGUUUGUUUUCAAAUGUAAUUUUUUUGUUCUUUUUAAUCUGUCACAUUUCUCUGAUAUUGUUUUUUUUUAUCUGUUCCUUUGUUUUGCUAGCAGUUCAUUAUAGUUUCCUUAACCAUAGCAAUAUUUUGCUGUAUUUUAUUGAAUUUAUAUUGCGUUUCAUUUUCUUUGUCAGUGGGAAAUAGUUCAGAUUUGCUAAACAAACUGCCUUUGAUGUGAUUUGACAACAAAUAACAUUUAAAAAGUAUAUUACUAUAUGUUAUCAGUUAUUUUAUCCUUCUUUGGUUACCAAUUUUGUGACAACUUUUAAUUGUGAUUGGAUGUUAUUCACAGCAGACGCCAUUAUGACGUAUUUCCGCAAAGUUUGUAAAAGAGCAGAAUGAGAUUUAUUGAAUCAUUUGCGUCAGAUAUAAAGAUCAUUACCAUAUUUAUCAAUUUUCUAUUAAUUCAACAUAGAAAUGUUCUCCACCCCGCAUGUUCCAGCUGAAGAAGUGAAAAUCGAACGCACCCUCGUCAGUGCAGCGACGGGAGGUGCGUCUGCUGAGUAUCGUCUGUACGUCCCGGAGGCCCGGGCGGGGAGGAGGAGAAAAGGGACGAUUCCACACAACGAUGGGAGAAGUUUGUGAGAAGAUCUCGUGUCUUUCCACAGUUUGGCGAUUAAGUAACGUUUUAAUGUGUGUGUUCUUUACUCUGGCUUCCUAUGUGCAGAUCAAUGAUCCAGACGCAGGUUUAUGGAUGGUGGGUUAUGCAGUUCCUGCUGUCCUCUGUGCGGUUAUUGGCUUCAGACCUCGUGUCACAGAAACUUUGGCCUGGAGGCGCGUUGCUGAUCUCCACCUGAUGGUCUCCAGCGCAGCCAUCUUCAUGUUAGCAUGGAAACUUUACACGCAGCGAGCGACGCAGAUCUUCCAGCAGGAGGAGGGCAGAGAAUUUUCUGGUCUUAUGUUGACGGCUGUUUGGCUUCUUUUGUGUCGCCGCUCUGGAAGCGCUCCGGUCGGGAAGCUGCGCGUCUCCACAGCUGUGGCCAUCACAGUUUUCCCCAUUGUGUCUUGGCUUUACUACCAUGUCAAUAAGGAUCUGCGGUCAGACUGGCCGUCUCACUGUAAAACUGCCAUUUAGAGCAGCUUCACCUGCCAUAACAUUCCUUCCUUUGCCAAAGAAGUACUCAUUUUUGUAGAUCUAUAUAUUGAUUACACCAAAAUUAUGUUAAUCUCAAGGUAACUUUUGUUGGAUGUUGUUUUUUUCAAAAUGUGUAAAUAACUAACCUGUAUAAAACAAGGUCUAUUUUUUCCAUCUGCACUACUUUGUUUUUACUUUAGGGGGCAGAAAAGAGCUCCCAGGCUUAAAAGUGAAGACUGAAGAAGAUUAAAUUAAUCAAUCAAUCAAU